ACAAAAGCAAGCAACGGCAAAGUGCCCGCAGAAUUUCGACAAACUCUACACCAGCAACAUCCUUUGAGAGAAAGCGUACCAUGAUUUCGUCAACCGAAGUUGGAUCUUCGGCAUUCACGCCCGUGUCACAUCCCAAGUCGCCAACUGGUGAAGCUGAUGAGAACAGAGAAGAAUACCAGUGGAGAAAUCGCAACACAAACUUGCCAUUUUCUCGUCAUUUUUGGUCUGUAUGGGGACCGUACUCUCCCGCAUUCAGUCCAGCAGCUAUGGAUCAUGUUUUGAAGCCUUCAAGCCCUCCACUCUGGCCCAUGUGUUCGGCAUUUGGAGGUCCAGGCUACCCUUCCUUUUGGAAGGAACGCUUUCAUCAGUUCAGAUUCACGUCGUGUUCUGACGAAGAAAAGCCCAGUCAGUCAUACAUCGGACUUAUCGCUGAGGCGAUCUUAAGCUCGCCCGAAGAGAAACUUAUUCUGAGUGACAUUUAUAACUACAUCCUGACACAUUAUCCUUACUUCAGAAACAAGGGCACUGGCUGGCGAAACAGCAUACGUCAUAAUCUGUCUCUAAACGACUGCUUUGUCAAGGCAGGGCGCAGUCCUAACGGGAAAGGCCAUUUCUGGGCGAUCAGCUCCGUUUACUAUGAUGACUUCAGACGUGGUGACUUCAGGAGGAGAAGAAUACAGAAAAGAUCACACAAAAGCCGUAGAACAUCGAGUGAAUCCAAAGAAGAUGUCGUUAUCUGCAAAGCAGAGAGUAGCGAGGAGGUGGGAAAAGUCACCGAGGAACAGGAUGAAUUGGUCGUCGAGUGUUCCACAAAUGAAUGCGACGAACAGAAAGAGGAAGAACCCACUACAGAGAAGAUUGAAAGUCUUUGCCAAGAAAAGCGCAAAUCAUUUGACAUGGCCAGCUUACUUGCACCUGAUAGAGGACAACGCGAGGGAGGAUUUCUUGUGCCUGUGUACCCACGGCCCUUCGACCCCAGCCUUGUGUACAACGCGCGUUAUCCGACGCAUGCAGGUGAAUAUGUCUCUCCUUCGCCGGUGUUUGAACGCUUCCACGGAUCGGAGCCAACAAAGCUUAUCUUCCCAUACAAUUAUAGACUUGCUUGUUAAUUCAGGCAUUUGAACUCUUUCAAGAGCCAGUUUGCAGUCGAAACAAGUCCUUCGAACGACGAACUCUUGGUCUCACGAAAACAGCCUGGAUUAGGCGUAGAGCUGUCAUGGUCGGUCACAUAGCUCGAAAUUAUUGACUGUUUAAUCAGAAUUUUUAACGAUAACAAAACAGUGUUUAGAAGAACUAUAUAAAAAGAACACUCAUGAGAGAUUAUUUCAGAGUUUGAGUCUAUCUAUUAUAUUUUAGCGUCGUUUAGAAAGAAUAGAGGGAAAAAUGAAACGAUUGUAAAAUAUUCUAUUCCAAAGUAUUUGACUAUGUCAAUCUGAGGGAUUUUUUUCCUGUUUUAGGAAAGUGAUUUUAUCUGAACUCAUUGCAGUAUUUGUAAAUAGUUUCUUUCGAAGGAAAGGAACUUGAUAGGAAAUUAAUGUGGAACACACAAAGGAAAUGAUAUAUUAGUGAUUACAGAUUUGAUAACUCACUCAUUCAGAGCAAGAAACUGGUUAACAACUCAUUUGCAAAGCUUUAAAUACUUUCGUGAAGAAAAUUCGUUGUUUCAUUUUUGGAACUAAAUUAUUUCGUUAAUUAAGGCAGAAUUGUUGAAACUUAAAUUUUCCGUAGAUGCUUUUUACCGAGCAAUGAAAGAGACUUUCUAUAAUUUUCAUCUGCGAAAGUAAUGGAACGUAUUAAAAUAUUUAGGCUGAUAUUUUUUCAAAUGCAAGUGAAGGAAGUCACUGCGUUAUUUUAACUGGAUGCAUGUAGACGAUCGUCCAGUCAUGAGCUCGCAUGUUUAGAUCGGUAAAACUUGUGAAAGUGCAUGGCUUUAUCGUUGAAUAAACACUAGUAUAUGUUUAA